AUGGCCUUCUGCCAAUGGCCCAAUGGCUUUGAAUGGAAGUGGCGCUUGCUCUACUGCAGCCUUCUAUUGGUCCUACUAGCUUUGUGCUUUCUGCUGCUCCACGGAAACUUGAAACUGAUACGUGUGGAGUUUAGUGCUUGGUUUGGACUGUGCCUCGGACUGGUGCACGUCCCCGGCACUUCGGCUGGCAGUCGCAGCUCCCUGAGAUGCAAGGUUGUGAUUUGCGGUGUAUUCACCUUUCUUUCUACGUGUCUUGCAGGCUAUCCCUGCGUGGUCUGGGCAUUUCCGGUGCUGAGCUCUGAACAGGAGAAUCCAAUCUUCAAACACGGUCAGCAGACGAUUGCUUUCGUCCUGCUCUCGCUGAUAUGGAUUUGCUCCAUGCUGGUAAGACACCCACGUUCUACCUACGUGCAUGGUGCAAAAUGGUGCAUGUUUUCAUUCUGGCUUGCGGCGGCAGCACAGCAGGUCACCGGCAUAUUCUUUGACCUGGGGUUGUACGGCUCCUACUACUCCGUGUUUCAAUUUGGUUGGGGCGUGCAGUGUGUUGCGCUUGGCUGGACUCUCUAUUUGUUGCAGAUUAGAAUGGUUGCAAUCCGGUCGAGCGUGGAGGGAACCUGUUGUUCGACCUCGGGUGCUCAUAUCUGGAUACUGGUCAUGUGCUGCAGCUGGCACAUACGCCAUGCUUGUGAUUUGGACGUUCACAACACUUGGCCCUUUAUCGUCGUUAGUCUAAUAGUCUUGUGUACGGUUUGGGUUACAUACACCAUACUGACAUGCAGAAGUAUGGCACGCAAGUUGAAGCUUCUGCUGCAGGAGGCGAGGCGAGUUAAAAGAGGGCCGCCAAGAAAACAGGCGAUCUGGGCCGCGCAAGUGAUCGGCUUGGAAAUGCUGAUCUGCUUGAUGCUUGGAUUGACCAUGUGCUCCUACGGCGUGCUCUCCGCUCUUUGCGUGCGGGCAGAGUUAAGCGAUUUAUCGGAUGCACACGACGUGAGGCUCAUGCAAAACAGAACGGAGCUUGUUCUAACAGCCCUGCAUGUUGACUGGGUGGUGAAUUCACUGGGGCUUGGACUUCUCUCUGGGAUUCUAUGGCAAGGACGGCCUCCCAAAGAUGACCCGGACAAGGAACGCGGCCUGCUGACCCGAGGCCUCGUCUCCAUGUCAAGCUUGCUCAUCCAGGAGGAGAAGGAAGUCUAUGAAGAGGUGGUGAGGCAACUUGCAAGUCGGUAUGUUCGCCUAGAGGCGCUUCUGGGCUUCUGGGAGCGCCUUCGCGAUGGUAAGACGAUGCCAGGCUUUGAUCCCCAACGCUCCUUGACGAACGACGUGGUUCGACGGGCCAUCAUCCCGGAAUCGCGAGUUGGAGAUGGGGGCUGUGCCUUGGCAACUCUAUGGUCCAGCACCGAAGUGAAGCCGCAAGUCAUGGUCACGCACAACUGGACCAAUGGCUUUGGAAGUCUUGUCUCGGCAAUCCUCGCGGAUGCUUUGGGACGGGCUGGCUAUCAGGAGGUUUCAGCUCAGAUUGCCACACUGUCAGGAUUUGAACAGGUCCGGGCGCAGUUGACCGGCAAGCUGGAGACGACCUACUGGGUGUGA